AUGUUGUCAACUUUCUUCAAAUCCUCAAAAACUGUCCCUCGGUGGACUAGUUCAAUUCCCAUUCUACUUUCCCUCGUCUUACAAGUUACAUCUCGGAGUGAUGUCAUUGAAACGAGCUCAGUGUCAUAUUGCUCGACUCCUCAAGCUAUCAUCGUCGAUACCUUUGAUGUACGAUACUACAAAUCUAACAACUCGCUAGGAUUUGACUUGUCAGCAGCUUCAGUGUCGACAGGACUAAAUCUCGAAGCACAACUCUCACUAAAUGUCUAUGGUCUCAACUCCCUCAAUCUCUCAAUCGAUCUCUGCUCAGUGCUCUCCGGUGUAUUGUGUCCAUUACCAACGUAUAACUUUACUGGAUCGGGUGGUUAUACUAUUCCUGCUGCAAAUGUCCCCUCGAUCACUGGAUUGGCCUGGGUCGUACCUGAUAUCGAAGCCGUCAUCACGGUCGUUUUGACAGAUACCAACACAAAUGAAGCUGCUGCCUGUUUACAAGUUACUCUCACUAAUGGGCUCACCGUCGGUCUUUCAUCGGUCUCUUGGCCUACAGCUGCGGUUCUUAUUCUCAGCUUCGCACUCGCCACCGUUCAUCCUUUCCAAUUCGGGAUUCUCUUUCUUUUACUCAGUAAUCAUUUGCAACACAUGGCCAUGUCCGGCAUGAUGAGCCUUAAUUAUCCCACUGUGUUUCGUACAUGGACUACCAACUUUGCAUAUGCCGUUGGCCUAAUUCGAUCUGAUGCCAUUUCGCGAGCAGUUGACAGACUAAGAAGAGCUACCGGUGGAAAUGGAUUCUCAACCGCUCAAGAUCUCGUUGCUUUCACAUCUCGGCACUUCUCACCUUACAAUCAAGCGUCGGGUCCCAUGAAUUCAGAACAGGCGAGCCCUAACCUUGCAUCUCGAACUGCUAUCAGUACCCUCUUGGCUACCACCAAAGUUCUCAUGGCCAACAGCGUAGAGAGAAAACCAUUGGGCGAACUGAUUGCAACGACUCCCAGAAAUGAUUAUGUCGUUCCAGUCGUCACUACCAACACGACGUUACUAGACCCAGGGCUAUCAGCCUAUGUCAAUGAAUUAGGAUUUCCAGUCGAAAAUGCUUUCACAGUGGUCUUUAUGUGGACUAUCAUCUUGAUCGCACUUGGACUCGCUAUCACCGCCAUUCUGGUUGCCUUUCUCCGCAUUCGGCAAAGAAAUUGGCGUACACCUAUGCAGACUGUAUCACGACACAUCUCACCCGUCGGAUUAAAAGCUUUGCUGUUUGUUUGGCCUCCGAUCACGCUCUUUACUUGUUGGCAAUGGAGGUUAGGAAGAACAGAUGCUUGGUUGCCUAUCUUUUUAAGUGUCAUACUAUGGCUUGCUUGCACUCUUGCCUUGGGUUGGGUUUCUUGGACUAGAUUCAAGAUUGGUAACAAUUCAGAUUUUGAUAAGUUUGAGUCGCGUGAAAGUAUUGGUAUCUUUAAAGAAAAUAGGUGGUGGGCUUUUUUUCCUUGGGGAAUUCUUUGUUUUGUGAAAGUGACUGUAAUCGGUUUUGGUCAGGGUUGGGGUGAAAGACAAGUUAUAGCAACAAUUGUUCUAGAGGCGCUACUUUUGAUUUUCCUGAUAGCUACCAGACCUUUUCAACAAAGACGAUUCAACGUGCUCGCGAUCAUCCUUGGUGUACUCCAGCUUAUCGAAGACUGCGUUUUGGUCACAUUCGUACCGAGACAAGACGUUCAACCUAUACCUCGAGCUGUCCUAGGCUUUGUACUCAUCGGAGUUCAGAGUAUUGGUUUCAUCAUCAUAUUCGGGUUCACUGCUGUGAUCUUGGUACUACGUGCGAAAUUCGUGUUCAAACAACAAAUACUACGUUCGAACGAUCCAAUCGUUGUCGAUGGAGAAAAGGAACCGUUUUCACCUGAACCUAAAACCCAUGAAAUCCUUCAUGUCGAAGCUGAACAUCAACCGAUCAUGCACAACAGACAGCAUAGUGAACCGGAUACAAGUACACUACAUGAUAUUCCGAUUUCACCACAAAGAUCUUGAUCUUCAUUCAAGACGUCGUCAAAAGGAAUCAUUCUCGAAAAAAACCAAACAAGUCAUUCAAAACUUCAAAACUUAGAUUUCUAAUUCGAUUCAUUUCUUACACCAUCAGAACUUCUUUUUCAAUAUAAUCUCAAAACUAAGUUGGAUGGACGUUUAUCUAUUAUUUUUUUCAUUAAUAUGAGUUGGUUUGUGAAUGUGAUGAUUAAUUAUUACAGAAGAAGAAGGUAUAUUUUUUUUUAGAAGAAUUUUUAUUUUUUUUUCGCUCUCAAAGGAAAUUCAUUAUUAAUGGAAAUAGCAAAACAGGUAGAUUAUAAUCCAUCAUGAAGAUCUCAUGAACUUGUAUAACGAAUAUGAUUUUUUUUAUCACAUCUGAUCUUAUUUAAACUGAUGUGAUUUUUUUCUUUUUUCCAAUUGAAUCGAAAAAAACCCAAACCCAAACUCCAAAAACUCAUUAGUAUUAAUUCUUUUUUCUUUAUAUUUGUUGAUGUAUUAUUAUUAUGAACUUUUUUUUAUCAUUAUUGGUUCUGCAUGCAUUUUAAAAAUCUUUUUGGACAUUUUUUGC